AUGAGCUUGACAUCAUGGUUUUUGGUGAGCAGUGGAGGCACAAGACACAGACUGCCAAGAGAAAUGAUUUUCGUUGGAAGAGAUGACUGUGAGCUGAUGUUGCAGUCAAGAAGUGUGGACAAACAACAUGCCGUUAUCAACUAUGAAGCAUCUGCGGAUGAGCAUUUAGUGAAGGAUUUGGGCAGUCUUAAUGGGACCUUUGUGAAUGAUGUCCGGAUUCCUGAACAGACUUAUAUUACCCUGAAGUUUGAAGAUAAGUUGAGAUUUGGCUAUGAUACCAAUCUUUUUACUGUAGUACGUGGGGAAAUGAAGGUUCCUGAAGAAGCUCUUAAGCAUGAAAAGUUUACGAGUCAACUUCAGUUUUCUCAAAAACAAAUUGACACUGAAGGAUCAAAGUGCAAGAGCACAGACACAAAGACAACUGUCCUUACAGAUGUUCAUUACAAAGCUUUGGAGUCAUUGAAGUCAGAAGAAAAGCUUGCAGACCUUUCUGCUGUGAAGCGUGGAACACCAUUGUAUGGACAGCCAUCCUGGUGGGGGGAUGAAGAUGCUGCAGGAAACGCAAUUAACCAUGAGAGUAAAGAAGCCAGAUCUCAUGAUGCUGGUGCAACAGGUUGCUGCAAAGAUGCUAAGAAAAGUGCUCAGCAAGUGACUACAUUGAAAGAAGAAAAUGCAAAUUCUUUUAUCAGAGAGCCAAGUUACUUUGAGAUCCCUUCUAAAGAACUCCAGCAAAAAUCUGAAGUAGAAAAUGCCACAUAUGAAAUCCCAGCACAGGAUCCGCACUGUUCUCAAGUUUCAGGGGCAGGCCAUGCUUCAUUUACAAUUGAGUUUGAUGAGACCUCCCCAGGUAAAGUAACCAUUAAAGACCAUAUAACCAAAUUUAUGGACCAUCGUCAAAAAUCAAAGAAGACUCUGUCUGCUGGAGAUAAGGACCUUGCUGGGUUGCAUACAGAGAUGAUUGCAGCAGAAUGUAAAGUAGCGGAUUGGUUGGCACAAAAUAACCCACCAAGACUGUUAAAAGAAGCAGCUGAAGAAGAUAGUAAAAGUAUUAAAAGUGAUGUACCAGUGUACUUGAAGAGGUUGCAAGGCAACAAACAUGAGGAUGGAACACAGAGUGACUAUGAAAAUAGUGCAACAUUUAAACAUAGAAACAAGUGUACCAAUGUACAAGAUUGUGGGAGAGAGGGUCUUGCAGAGCAGAAAAAGCUGGAGCAGAAGAUUCAGACUGAAGGAAAGCAGCAGGAAACUGCAAGUCAGACUGCUUUUUUAAUAGAGUUUUUUGAUGAUGACCACCCAAGAAAAAGACGCUCGUAUUCUUUCUCUCUAAACACCAGCACUUCUGGCCCAGAAGCUCCAUAUCCAAUCCCACAGUCAAGGAUAGAUAAAGUCAAGCUGCUUCUGUUGAUCCUAAAGGGCUGUGUUUGGGUUUACAGUCUGGUGCCUCAUCUCAUAGAGUAAUUCAUAGCACACAGCAUGCAAAAUUGCUGCUUAAACAGAAAUCUGAAGAGCCUUGCACAUCUUUAUUAGUUUCACAAAAUGUUUUAUUGAGGAGCUCUGGAAGCCUUGGACAUCGACAAACUAAUAAGCGGAUUACAUCUGACAGUGUGGAAUUGCCUUCCUUGGAGAAAGAUCAUAGGAGCAGUCAUCUUGUUGAAAAGGCAAAUAGCAGGGAUGAUGCAGAAGGACCAUGUGCGACGGAUAUGACUUCAUCAAGUAAAAAACGUUGGGCAUCACAAUGGGCCAGUCUGGCGUCUAAUCAUGUAGGACAAGAUCAAGAUAAUGGACAGAGUGAAUCCAAUAUUUCACCUCCUGCUGAAAAUGAUGCAGAUAUGAGUGAAUCUGGAAUGUCACUUAAGAGUAGUGGAUCUGCUGCCUCAGUGACAUGUGCAAGUGAUCGUAAAAGGAGAAGUUUACCAAAGCUUCCAAAAGAGGAAACAAGCUCCCACGUUUCUACAAGUAAGCAAACACAUAGGUCAGAUGUUGGAGAAAAACAAGAUACAGAGUUACAAGAGAAAGAAUCACAUAUUCGUUUAGGUAAGAAAGACAAGCUGUAUGUUUCCAAUGGAAAAGCUAGAACUAAGCAAGAUAAACCUACGGAAAGUUCAAUGGACAAAACUGGAACCCUCACAGAUUAUUCUUCCUUAGGGUUUGAUGCUAAGAAAGAUGCCUUACUCUCUGCACGGAGGCAAGCAGUAUACAAAGCCCACCAUGAGCAAACUAAAGAUCAGUUGACUUCUACAAAGUUGUUUAACAAGCCACCAGUUAUCCAACCAAGUGGAUCAUCCUCUCCGAAUGCCCACAAGCUACAACAACCUGCUGAAACCCCUCAGAAAAAGGCUGGUCAGAAAAGUGAAGUUGUUUCAAACAGUAAUAGUGUGAAAAGUGUUGAAACUGAUAGAAAAGAAACCUUCAAGCCACUUGUGAGACAAGGCAGUUUUACUAUAGAUAAGCCUAGCUCAAAUGUACCUAUAGAACUUAUUCCACACAUUAAUAAACACCCUGUACUAUCACCUACAUUUCCUUUUACAUCUAUGAGCAAUGUAAGAGAGAGAAGUGACUCUGUAGACACUGACUCCAGCAUGGAUACUACUCUGCUGCUCAAGGAUACAGAAGCAGUCAUGGCUUUCCUUGAAGCGAAACUGAGAGAUGACAGCAAGAUUGAUGACGAUCCAAAAACACCUAGCUACACCCAAGAAAAUUCAAUAUCCCCUGAAUCGGAUGUUGAUACUGCAAGCACGAUUAGUUUUGUUGCUAAUGACACCGAUAAAAAAUGUCCCCAAAAACGAAAAACCCUUAGCAGUCUGCACAAGGAUAAAGCCUCAACAUCAUCCCCUUCUAAAGAAUCCCUCACUUCAUCAGUAUCCAUAAACCGAGAAAGAACUGAAAGAAAAAAUAAAACUCAUGUUAGGGAGGCUGGAAGCAGAAGUGAUAUUCAAAAAGUUCUUCGAACUAGUGCAAGGAACAGACAACCAUCCCUUGACUUGACAGAUGAUGAUCAAACCUCUAGUUUACCUUGUUCUACUGUGUCAGAUAUUUUAUCUUCUGAUCAAGAAACAUAUUCCGGAAGGUCACACUCCAAAUCUCAGUUUGCCUCUGUAGAUGACAAGUUUACUACAAUAAAAACUGCUGCAGCUAAUAAGCCAGUUACUCUUCCUAGGCCUCGUCCAACAAGGACUUCACUUUUGCGCAGAUCACGCUUAGGUGAAGCUUCAGACACAGAGGUUGGAGAUACUGAUAGAGCAUCAGUUGCCUCAGAAGUAUCAACAACAAGUUCAACAUCAAAGCAACCUGCUAGUAGGAAACCACUGUCAAGAAUAGAUUUGCUGGCACAGCCUCGUAGAACAAGGCUUGGUUCUUUAUCUGCACGCAGUGACUCAGAAGCAACAAUAACAAGAGGUUCUGGAUCUUCACGAGCUUCAGAAUAUGCAAUUAAAAGUAGUGCUAAAAUGACUCCAACAACCGAUGGGAGAAGUUCUCCAAGAGCCAGAGCUAACAGCAUUUCUCGCCUUUCAGAUACCAAGACAAAAGUGGUUCCAUCUGCUCAUGGAUCCCUUGCUGGUAAUACCCGAUGGAGACGAGUUCCUCCAGAGUAUGCAUCCACUUCUGAAGACGAAUUUGGCUCUAACCGCAACUCUGCUAAACCCACUCGGCUACGUACUUCUUCAGCUGUUAAAAUUCAGAAGACACAAGCUGUUGGAAACAGCCCAAUUUAAAAACACCAUCAGCAGCUCUCAACAUUAGUUCAUUCAAACAUAAGGCUAAAGAGCAAGAAGAUUAUAUUCGUGACUGGACUGCACAUCGUGAGGAAAUAGCGAGGAUCAGCCAAGAUUUGGCUCUCAUUGCUCGGGAAAUUAAUGAUGUUGCUGGGGAAAUAGAUUCAGUUACUUCAUCUGGCACAGCACCUAGUACCACACUAGUGGACCGUGUAUUUGAUGAAAGCCUUAACUUCCGAAAGAUUCCUCCAUCAAAUUCAUCCAGAUCAGAAGCAAGCUUGCGAGCUAGUGAAGCCAAAGUCCAGCCUAAAGAUUCGGAACCUCCACUUAUCACUAGAAGAAAAACAUGGAGUAGAGAUGAAGUAAUGGGAGAUAGUUUACUGCUUUCUUCUGUGUUCCAAUUUUCUCGAAAAAUUAGACAGACUAUUGAUAAAACAGCUAAUAAAAUAAGAAUUUUAUUUAAGGACAAAGAAAGAAACUGGGACGAGAUUGAGAAGAAGUUGAGAUCAGAAAGUGAAAUACCAAUUCUGAAAACUUCAUGCGUGGAAAUCUUAUCAAUAUUACAAGAGCUAAAGAGAAUUGAAAACCAGUUACAAGUGAUUAAUGCAAUGAUCGAUCCAGAUGGCACGCUCGACGCCCUAAACAUGUUGGGGUUUGGAAGCCCAUUUCCUUCAACACAUUCAAACUCAAAACAUAGUAGUGCCUCGAUACAUUCUGUCAAUUCUUCAUCAGCAGUUCUUUCCCAGACAGAGAGCAGGAGCAGUCGGUCAAAUGUGAAAAUAGUAUCGUCAGACGCUGAAGUUGUUCAGUCCAGCCCUGAUUUUAGCCUACACUUUAAUAGGUUUAAUCCUGAUGGAAAGGAAGAUUCCACGUCUCAAGAAUAA